UGUUUGACAGCACUGUUCGCUUUCUCCCCUACGCAUAUAUCAGUUCGCACGACACUGACAUAUAAAUCUCCUUGCUAGCUUUUUUGGUGGUACACUGUUUAGUUAUUUUUUGUCCUGGUUCUGUAGUUCAUUUGAUCUUCGUGUCACAAGGUAAAGCGUGUUAUAAGCAAAAUGAUGAAAUUACAGUUUCAACGCGCUGCUCAGCUCUCUCUGAGAAACAAUGCUCGUGCUUCUAUGAACUCUCUGAACCGUGUUCGUUACGCGUCCACGAGCUCUUUCAAGAAAAUUGAUGUCAAAAACCCCAUUGUGGAAAUGGAUGGUGAUGAAAUGACCCGUAUUAUUUGGAAAUUGAUCCGUGAAAACUUGGUCUUGCCUUACGUGAACGUUAACUUAAAGUACUACGAUUUGGGUAUUGAGGCUAGAGACAAAACUAACGACCAAAUUACGAUUGAUGCUGCAAACGCUAUUCUUGAGAACGACGUUGGUAUUAAAUGUGCUACCAUUACUCCCGACGAGGCUCGUGUCGCUGAGUACCAUUUGAAGAAAAUGUGGAAGUCUCCUAACGGAACGAUUCGUAACAUCUUGAACGGUACCGUUUUCCGUGAGCCUAUUAUCAUUAAGAACAUUCCUCGUUACAUCCCCGGUUGGACGAAGCCCAUUUGCAUUGGUCGCCAUGCCUUUGGUGACCAGUACAAGAGCACUGAUCUCCGUGUCGACCGCCCCGGUAAGCUCGAGCUGUCUUUCACUCCUGCUGAUGGUUCCGAGAAGCAGACGUUCAAUGUCUACGACUACAAGGGUGCCGGUGUCGGUAUGGCUAUGUACAACACUGACGAGUCUAUCAAGGGAUUUGCUCACAGCUCCUUCCAAAUGGCCUUGCAAAAGAACAUGCCCUUGUUCUUGUGCACGAAAAACACAAUCUUGAAGAAGUAUGAUGGCCGUUUCAAGGACUUCUUCCAAGAGAUCUAUGAGUCGACGUACAAGAAGGACUUUGAGAAGAAGGGUCUUUCCUACCAACACCGUCUGAUCGACGACAUGGUUGCCCAGGCCGUCAAGGGUCACGGAGGCUUCGUUUGGGCUUGCAAGAACUAUGACGGUGAUGUGCUUUCUGACAUCGUUGCUCAAGCUUAUGGUUCUUUGGGUUUGAUGACUUCUGUCCUUAUUAACCCCAACGGUCGUACCUUUGAGAGUGAAGCUGCUCACGGCACUGUCCAACGUCAUUACAUGCAACACCUGAAGGGUAAAAAGACUUCCACAAACAGUAUUGCCUCCAUCUUCGCAUGGACUCGUGGUCUUGCACAACGUGCUCGUUUGGAUGGUAAUGACCGUUUGCUCUCCUUUGCCGAAGCCCUGGAGCGUGCUUGUGUCUCUACCGUUGAACAAGGCAUUAUGACCAAGGACUUGAAGCUCAUUAGCGGUGCCAAGGACGGUUGGGUUGACACUUUUGAGUUCUUGGAUGCCGUUCGUGACAACUUGAAUGCUGAGUUGCACAAGUCUGCUUAAGCAAGUAAUUUUUUUUUUUGCACACUGUGACUAGGGGGUAUUUGGCUGUGCCAAUGAGUACUUUCUUUUUAGCAAUGACAUUUGCUUUUGUUUAGGAUUAUAUAAUUAUAAUCAUUUGCUCUGCAAGUAACAUAUUGGACUUUGUAGUGAAGGGGCGAUUUACGUAUUAAACAGUUGUCUAUUCAAAAAACUAUUGUUAAGUAG